AGUCACACGCCAUGUCCCACUGUGGAGUAGUGUGGAUUCCAACAUCUUUCUUAACAUCCCACUCAGCCAGCAUGAUGAGAUACUAGGAAAAUUUUAUGAUGAUGAGGAGGCGAAACGAGAAUUGAUCACUACAUGGCUGGCCGGUCACCCCUGUCCUACCUGGGAACACGUUUGGGACCUACUGAAGUAUGGAGUUGGGGGUGAGGAGGGAAAGAGAGCAGCACGUGAGGUGGAGGAGACAUACCUCAAGAUGACUCCCGAGAAGGCCAAACAGAUCCUGGACGCUGCCCUCCAGGACGGCUCCUUCCCACUGGGCUUUCUGAAGUCCAUGGCAGUAGGAGUGGCUCGCUCGGGGAAGACGCUCUCCAAGAAUCACGUCUUCAAAAUCAAGUGCGACCCGAACUUCUCCGUUAGUACAGGAGUGUGUGAGGCUCCGAUCUUGGCCUUUCGACAGCUUACUUUGGAGCUGAUCAAAGCUUUGCCUUCUGCAGAGGGGUUCGAACUACUCAAGUACGAGGAUAUCAAUCAAUUUCUGGCUUACGUGGUUCGCAAGGGUUUGCUUAAAGGAAGGGUAGCGAAAGUGGUGAAAGAAAUGGUGCAGGCUGCUAGCGAAGGCUCCAGUUCAUCUGAUAGAAGUGAGGGUGUAGCUGCAAGUAGUGUAGGCACUGGUUCAGGUGAUAGUGCAGCCUCAACAGCUGUAGUCAGUGCAGUCUUCACUGCCAGCAAAGCCAGGGCCGAGGCUGAAGCUAUGAUAGUGAAGUGGUCACAGAAGAAGAGCCACUCUUCAAGCUGCAGAUAAUCCUGUUCCUGGACAGCGGAGGACAGCCUCAAUUCCACGAGGUCGUUGCAGCCUUCAGUCACAACGUGUCCCUCGUCCUGGUCUUCAUCAAGCUCAACGAGCGUCUGGAUGCUCUGUGCACCAAUGCCUUCACCGACGAGGAAGGAAAGUGGUUUACGGAGCAAUGCCCCUCACUGCUCACCAACGAGCAGAUGGUGGUCCAGUUUGUCCACACCAUGAUGUGCAAGCCCGUGGCCGGCAGCGAAGGCAUGCACACCAGGUUCAUGGUGAUCGGCACUCACAGGGAUCUGAUGCACGAGUGCGACGAAACCCUGGAGCAGAAGAACGAGAGGCUGGCCAGCCUGCUUCUACCGGUUCCGGAGGAAAACCUGGUCAUGAAUGGAGACGACAUCAUCUUUGCCGUCAACGCCGAGAAUCCCGACGAGAAUGACGACAAAUGCUUCGAUCUGAUCCGCGAGAAAGUGGCGGACUUGAGCGGGGCCCUGGAUGUGGAUACCCCGAUAGCGUUCCUCGUGUUGCUGAACGACGUGAACAAGUACGCGGAAGAGCAGGGAAAGAAGGUAGUGAGCAUGGAGGAAUUCCAGGCCAUCGCUGGGAGGCUUAAGAUGGAGCGACAGAGUCUGGAGGCUGCCUUGCUUUUCUUCAACAAGAUGAGCGUGUGGAUGUACGUGCCGUCGGUCCUCCCUGGUGCGGUGUUUGUCGACCCUCAGAUGCCACUGGACAGCAUAAAUCGAAUCGUCCAGUACAGCUUCCGGGUGGGGGGUGGUGCGAUUGCAGGGCUGGCUGCGAGCGAUUGUCGACUGUGGAAAGAAGGGGUGGUGAGCAACGAGAUGCUGAAGGGAGAGGAGUUCCGUGGUUGCUUCGUGAGGGGUCUGUUUGAGGCAGGCGAUGCUCUGAAGCUGUUCGAGAAGCUUUACAUUGUAGCUCCUCUGAACGAGAGGGAGUUCAUAAUGCCUGCCAUGCUCCAGACGGUGGCAGAGAAGGAUAUGGAGCGAUAUGUGCCUGCCCCCAGUGAGCACGUGUCCCCUCUCUUUCUCCACUUCCACAUGUCCCGCAUCGCUAAAGGUGUGUUCUGCUCCACCCAUACCUGCAUGCGCUCCAAGUAUGGGUGGACCACGGCUUACACCAUCGAGAAAAGAAAGAAAGUUAAAGUUCCUGCUUGUCUCUUCCGCAAUGCCGUGCGGUUGCAGCAUCCGACAAAAGCAGUUGAAAUCACUCUUCUCCAUGCUUUGAAGCAUUUCGAAGUUCAUCUCGAUGCAUCGCAGGCCGACCUGCCCAUCAUCUGUCCAGAAAUCCGUGACAUGCUCAUGGAUGCAGUGGAUAGUGCAGCGAGUGCUUUCCGCUUCAAGAAUUCGCGAGCCUCUGUAGCCUUCCAGUGCCCCUGCAGCCCAGACGACGUGCACACAGCCACUCCAAAUGAAGCCCACUCCAACCUCAUCUGCACACUGACGGGGAAGAACAUUCGAGGAGGCCUUACACCUGCUCAGAGGGUGUGGCUUGGACCACGAACUGCUCCAGUCGCCGAGUCAGCUACAACUUCUUCACUGUGCCUUUUAGUUCGUGUACCGUUGUCCUCUAUCUCCCUGCCUGUCAGAUCGCGAAAACGCAGGAUGAGUGGUAUUGUGGACAGCAAUCCUCCCAGUCCCAAGACACCCAGAAUGAGUCCUCCAACUCUGCCUCAGUUGCUGCGUCUCAAGAUACCGCAGAGAGUUGGUGCCAACUACUCCACAUUUGGAAUCCUUCUCCUCAACGACACAGUCGGGAGUCGAGUCGACAGCUUCAAG